CCAUUCCCAACCCCCUCCCCUCAUCCCUCCCUCCCCCCUCGGGGUCCCCGCCUGUUCCCGUCACGACUUCCCGACACCAGGAUGCGAACCAAACAAACAAACACACAGCAGCAGCCAGACGCGACACGGCGCAGGGUCCCACGGCAGCAGACCCACGGCGACACCGCGACACAGGGACCCAGGCACCCAGGGACCCAGGCACCCAGGGACCCAGGGACCCAGGGACCCAGGCACCCAGGCACCCAGGCACCCAGGGACCCAGGCACCCAGGGACCCAGGGACCCAGGCACCCAGGCACCCACGGCGACACCGCGACACCGCGACCCAGGGACCCAGGCACCCUCGCGCAGAAAGAAUCGCCAACUCCUGUACCCCUCCUCCUCCCCCUCGUCGCCAUCGUCACCAUGGAGCUCACGUGGGGCGCCUUGCUCCUCCUGCUCUUCCUGCUGCUCGUGCUGCUCGUGCUGCUGCUCAACUCGGGGGGACGCGGGGGCUCGAGGCGCCGCUCCCUGAGGGUGCCCGGACCCCGGGGGGUGCCCCUGCUGGGAAACGUCGCCGAGCUGUUCCGCACGGACCGCCACCGGCACCUGGCGAAGCUCGCGCGGCGCUACGGCCCCGUGUACAGCCUGCGGCUCGGGGCCCACGAGAUGGUGGUGCUCAACUCGGCCGAGGUGCUGCGCGAAGCUCUCAUCAAGAAGAGCGCCGACUUCGCGGGCCGGCCCCAGACGUACACGGGCUGCGCCAUCUCGUUCGGGGGCCGCGACCUCUCCCUGGGGGACUUCACCCCCGCGUGGCGCCUGCAGAGCCGCAUGGCGCGCGCGGGGCUCCGGGAUCGCAGCGCGGACACCACCCACGCGGUCAUCGCGGGCGAGGGGGCCUGCCUGUGUCACGUACUCCGAGGUCACGGGGGCCGCCCCGUGGACCCCAUGCCAAUCCUGUCGGUGCACACGAGCAACAUCGUGUGCGCACUCAGCUUCGGCGUCAGGUACGCAGAGCAGGACCCCGAGUUCCGCAAACUCCGCGAGAGUCUGGACGAAUUGGUGCACCUCUGGGGCUCCUCCACCAUCAUGGCGCGCGACCACCUGCCCUGGCUCCGGAAGUUCCCCAGCGCCACGUGGACUCGCUUCCUCGAGGCCGUAGAGAGACGCGAUCACGUGGUGCGCGGGCACCUCGAGGCGCACAAGAAGGGAGGCGCGCGCGCCGGGACUGAGGACAUCACCACCUCCAUGCUGAGGUUCCUGAAGCAAGAAGGCAGAGGGGAGGGGGAGGGGGAGGUGGAGCGGAAGGAGGUGGCGGGGGACAACGAGGAGGAGGAGGCGGAGCAGGUGGAGCACGGCUCGCUCACAGAGCAGCACCUGCACAUGGUGCUUGUGGACCUGCUGGUCGGAGGCUCUGAAACGACGGCGAUCACGCUGGUCUGGGCGAUCGCGUUCCUCAUGCACGACCCUCAGCUGCAGGAGCGCCUGCACGCCGAGCUGCUGCGCGCCGUGGGCCGGGCGCGUGCCCCGCUCUACGCUGACCGCUUCGCGACGCCGCUGCUGCGCGCGACCAUCAACGAGGUUCUGCGCACACGGCCCGUGGCGCCACUCGGCAUCCCGCACCUCACCACGCGUGACACCAGUGUCGGGGGGUACCAGCUGCCGCGGGGCACCACGGUCAUCCCAAACCUGUGGGCCGCGCAGCACGACCCGGACAAAUGGAGCAACCCCGAGCGCUUCCAGCCAGACGUCGCCUCAGCUGGAGACGACGAUGUUCCACUCACCUCACCUGGAGACGACGAUGUUCCACUCACCUCACCUGGAGACGACGAUGUUCCACUCACCUCACCACGACGAUGUUCCACUCACCUCACCUGGAGACGACGAUGUUCCACUCACCUCACCUGGAGACGACGAUGUUCCCCGAGGAGAGGGAGCGAUGCAAGCAGCUCGUCAAAAAGGGAGCGUCACCUCCACCGUGACCCGUCCGCCGAGCGCCGCCCCGUGGGGAGCCUCCUUCCGUUUGGCGCGGGCCCCCGGGCCUGUCUGGGGGCCUCCCUGGCGCGAGCCGAACUCUACAUCCUGCUCGCGCUGCUCAUCCGUGACUUCCGCUUUGAGGCCGAGGGGGGCCCGGGGGGGGACCUGCCGGACCUGGACGGGGAGCUCACCGUCAUCCUCAAGCCCAAGCCCUUCCACAUGCGCUUCCUCGAGAGGCCGUGAAGGCGCCGAGAAGAAGGGGUUAGUGUUGGUGGAUCCCGCGGAGAUGGCAGGGGACGUGCUCGUUUCGUUGAAAGUAAGGGUUAGGAUUUUCAGUAACCUCCUGUUCAUAAAGUAUUAAAGCUUUCGUGACUGCAUAAAAUUGCUCAUUGGUUUUUUCGGUAAAGUUACGUAUGUAGAAAUACAAUAAAA